AUGGCUUCCUCGAAUACCGAUGCGGGCCCGCCAUCGUGCAAGGUGGUCCUCGCGCGCAACAUCGCCGAUGGCCUGCUUAACGAAGUCCGGGAGGGCCUGAAGUCGCUGGAGAAAGGGCCUCACUUGGUGGGCUUUUUGGCAAACAAUGACCCGGCCGCGCGCAUGUAUGCAGAGUGGACUGAAAAGACCUGUCAGGAAAAUGGCUUUCGUUACACCCUUCGAGAGGUCUCGCGGGACGAGAUCGAAGACGCGAUCCUUGCUGCGAAUGCCGACGACGACGUGGACGGCAUUAUCGUAUACUAUCCGAUCUUCAACAACCGACAAGACCAAUACCUCCAGCAGAUUGUGGACGUGUCGAAAGAUGUGGAAGGCCUCAGCCACCGCUACGUCUUCAAUAUGUACCAGAAUAUCCGCUUCCUAGACCCGGAGACUAAGCGACAGAAAUCGAUCCUGCCUUGCACUCCGCUUGCGAUCGUCAAGAUCCUUGAGUAUCUGCAGAUCUAUAACACGAUAUUACCGUAUGGAAACCGCCUGUUUGGACACACCAUCUGUGUCGUGAACCGGUCAGAAGUCGUCGGUAGACCGCUCGCGGCACUCCUGGCAAACGACGGUGCCUGCGUUUACAGCGUUGAUGUUACUGGUGUGCAGAAGUUCACCCGAGGCGAAGGCAUCAGGAAGCGGAGGCAUGAGGUCGAGGAUAUGGAAGGCUGGACGCUCAAAGAUGCGGCGCCCCUGUGUGACGUGGUUAUCACUGGCGUGCCUGGAGAGUCGUUCAAAUUCGACACGAGUCUUCUAAGACCGGGGGCUGUCUGUAUCAACUUUUCUAGUGAGAAGAACUUCCCACCCGAAGUCAAGGAAAGAGCAUCUAUCUACGUUCCUUCGAUCGGAAAGGUCACGAUUUCUGUCCUUCUGCGAAACCUCCUGAGACUCAUACAAAAUAAAAGACUGGACGAUGUCAAGCCAGCCGCAGCAGUAGAGAAACCCGGCACCCUUGAGGCUCGUGAAGCAUGA